GAUCAACUUUCAUAAUAACGCCAGCGCGGUUACAUGCGUCAACGAGCUGUACCUGGCUGUCUGGCUGUCUGGAUAGCCUGGUAAACUCCCCAUAAGCGCGGGGACCGGAAACCAACAGCCUUACGUCGUCAGGCCGUCUGCGCAGUACCUAGGACUUGGGUACUGCAAAUCUUGCUUAUUCUUGGAUUAAGAUGCAGACCAUGCAGGUUCGAUGUUCAUUGCGAUCUAAAAGCGGGUAGGUUAUAUGCACCUGGCAGUAGGUAUGUAUUGUAUUACACAUGUAGGGUACAUUGUAGGCAGGUACACACUGGGUAGGGACUUACCAUGCAUCUCUGUUUGUUGGCUUAGUUCCAAGCUGUGUAACGAACUUUGGAAAGGACGAUUUAGAGGAGUACAACUGGGAAGACUUGUUCUUUGAAACCGACUCCCAAUUUCCUCCAUCGAUCUUUUAUCACAUACCUUUAAAAUUGACCUUAUAUCGUAUUGAAAUUUCGAUCGGUCUCGAUGCGGGUAAUCUCAAGAUGUUGGCAGGUAGUCGCUCGCGAUAUCGUCCCAUCUAUGUCCUAGUCUCCAUCUUCCUCUUCUCCAUUUUACUCCUCCGCCAAUUUCGAAGCAGCACUGCCCAGCCACAAACCCAGCCGCAAGAUAUCAAGAAUCCCACUAGCGGCAAUGCGGUUAAGAUUAAACCACAGCCGAGCGCUCGUCGCGAAACAGAGAUCGUGGUGGCAAGCACGUUAAAGGAGGACGCCUCGUGGGUUUACCGACACUUCCCGGAAUGGAACCCGAAAGUAUACAUAGUCGACGAUCCAUCGACGCUCCUGAGGGUGCCGAAGAAUAAGGGGCGCGAGGCUAUGGUAUAUCUUACGUACAUAAUCGACAACUACGACGACCUGCCCGAGACGACGAUCUUCGUCCACGCGUCGCGCUUCCAAUGGCAUAACGACGAUCCUGAUUACGACAUCGUACCGACACUGCGUAACUUCCGGCUUCCGUACGUACGCCAAGCAGGUUACGUCAAUCUCCGCUGCGUGUGGGUCAUCGGGUGUCCGGCUGAGAUCCGACCAUUUGACGAUGAGGAGAACGGUGUAGAUGAAGGACGGGGUGAGAUUACGGAUGGAAAACAGCCCACCGCCAAGGGGAUAUUUCGAAGAGCCUUCGAACAACUGCUCCCCGAAGUUCCCGUACCGAAUAUCGUCGCAGUCAGCUGCUGCUCACAGUUCGCCGUGUCUAGAGAUACCAUACGAAGGCAUUCGAAAGAGAGGUAUCUGCGUUUUCGAGAUUGGCUACUCUCGACGCCGUUGGAAGACGGACUAAGCGGGCGAGUGAUGGAGUUUUCGUGGCACAUCAUCUUCGGAAAGGAGGCAUACCAUUGUCCUUCGGCGAAGGAGUGCUAUUGCAACGUCUUCGGGUUGUGCGAUAUUCCAUGUACGGACUCCUCAUGCGACGGGAGAUAUAUCUUGCCACCGUUCUCGACGUUACCAGAGGAAUGGCCGAGGUUAGGAUGGGAGCAUGAAGAUCGGGGAUAUACGGGGUCUUUAGAUUAGUACUUCAUACUAGUAAGUAGGUAAGAAGAGGUCGCGUCUCCCAAGUGGACUAUUAGGCACCUAAGAAGUACCUAGUCGUCAACUUACGAGGAUGAUGCACCUGCUGCGUAUUUUAAUAUGUCGGUUUAAGGGCAACACUAUAACUGUUGGGAUUAGUAGCAUCCACGAAUAUCUUCACGACUCUCAUGUCACGAAAGAAGAUGACUUUAAGUUAUGACAUUGGUGCGACGCGCAAAGCACGCUGUAGUGGACGUUGGUCAUCCACCCCCUGUAAACACACCAAUAGUUUGUGCCUUGGCGUUUGGGUACUAGCGCUAUCGUCCUGAUCGGGCAAGUGUUUUAGCGUGCCAAGGUACCCGACGCUGUUAAUGUUAGGUACAUUCGUUACGUCAACUUCAGCU